ACCCACCUUCGAAUCAAUUGUGUUUGUGUAGUCACGAUUGGUAGUUUUGGAGUGAAGGACCGAACCGGUUAAUCGUAAUCGAACAGCUUUGACUCCACGUGGUGACUGACACCUUAAGCUCUCACGACCAGAGACAUUUAGUGUUCGGCAGUGAAGCAGAAGAAGAAGAAGAAAAGAGUUGAAUUAGCAUUAGAUAAAUAAAACCCUACUCACGUUGAAUUCUUCUGAAGAUAAUGCAGCGGGGAGCAUUAUUGGGUUCUUCGAACUGCUAUGUUCCAUCCCAAUUUCGCCAAACAAGAAAGGAUCUUUCAUCUCUGAGGCCUGGUGAACUCCGGUUUACCUCUCCGCGGUUUAAGCCGGUUGGUUCUCUGGCGGUGAAUUGCAAUAUGUACAACAACAGCUACGCGGCGAGUGCAGGCGGCGAUGUGGAGGAGGCUGAGCAUCAGGUGGACGACAAAGAGUUCGUGCGUUGGUUCCGCGAAGCUUGGCCUUAUCUCUGGGCCCACGGCGGCUGCACUUUCGUCGUCGUUAUCUCCGGCGACAUACUUACCGGCCCUUACUGUGAUCCCAUUUUGAAGGACAUAGCGUUUCUUCAUCAUCUUGGGAUAAGAUUCGUUCUGGUUCCUGGAACUCAAGUUCAAAUCGACCAGCUUCUGUCUGAGAGAGGACGCGAGGCUACAUAUGUGGGACGUUACAGAGUAACGGAUGAAGCAUCGUUGCAAGCUGCCACGGAAGCUGCAGGAGCUAUCUCAGUGAUGCUCGAGGCUAAACUAUCUCCUGGACCUUCCAUUUGCAAUAUCCGUAGGCAUGGUGACAGUAGUCGUUUACAUGAUAUUGGUGUCAGGGUUGAUACCGGCAACUUCUUUGCAGCUAAAAGGAGAGGUGUUGUUGAUGGUGUUGAUUUUGGAGCGACUGGUGAAGUGAAGAAGAUAGAUGUAGACCGCAUUUGUGAGAGGCUUGACGGUGGUUCUGUAGUCCUGUUGAGGAACUUGGGACACUCUAGCUCCGGAGAAGUCUUAAACUGCAAUACCUAUGAGGUUGCUACAGCUUGUGCAUUAGCUAUAGGAGCAGACAAGCUCAUUUGCAUAAUGGACGGUCCAAUUCUUGAUGAGGGUGGACAUCUUAUUCGUUUCUUGACACUCAAAGAAGCAGAUACGUUAGUGAGAAAACGUGCACAACAGAGCGACAUUGCUGCUAAUUACGUUAAGGCUGUAGGUGAUGGAAGAAGCAUCGAUAAGGUUACUUCUCCUCCUGGUAACGAGAGAGGCGCGUUUUUUUGGGGAAACGGAAACCACACUCCCAUCUUUCAAAACGGUGUUGGGUUUGACAAUGGCAGUGGUGAGCAAGGUUUUGCUAUUGGUGGUGAGGAGAGACUAAGCCGCCAAAACGGUUAUCUUUCCGAACUGGCUGCUGCUGCGUUUGUCUGCAGAGGUGGAGUCAAAAGAGUGCACUUGUUAGAUGGUACUAUAACUGGAGUUCUAUUGUUGGAGCUUUUCAAACGAGAUGGAAUGGGGACUAUGGUUGCUAGUGAUGUAUACGAAGGAACACGAGAUGCCAAAGUGGAUGAUCUUGCAGGAAUCAGACAUAUCAUCAAACCUUUGGAGGAAGCUGGGAUCUUGGUCCGCAGAACCGAUGAGGAGCUACUCCAAGCUUUGGAGUCCUUCGUGGUUGUAGAAAGAGAAGGCCAGAUCAUCGCUUGUGCAGCUCUGUUCCCAUUCUUCCAAGACAAAUGCGGAGAAGUUGCAGCCAUCGCAGUUGCAUCAGACUGCCGCGGUCAAGGCCAAGGCGAUAAACUGCUAGAUUACAUAGAGAAGAAAGCUUCCUCUCUCGGGCUGCACACGCUGUUCCUACUCACAACGCGUACAGCAGACUGGUUCGUGAGACGAGGGUUCCAAGAAUGUUCAAUAGAGGUGAUACCAGAGACUAGAAGGCAAAGAAUCAACCUCUCAAGAAAAUCAAAGUACUACAUGAAGAAGCUACUCCCUGAUAAGAGUGGCAUCUCAAUAUAACAACAACAACAACAACAGCGUUCAUUAUUAUUGUUUAAAAACCAAAAAAAAAAACAUUUUGCAAUCAAUCAAACUUUUUUAAUUUCUAUUCCAAA